AAUGCAUGCUGAAAAUCCUUUUUUCCACUUUCGUCAAAUGCAUGUUUUUGCUGAAUUAAUGAGAGGAUAAGUGUCAUUCACCAAAGAAACUUAGAUUUUACAUGCCUUGCUGAAAAUGGAAAUGGAAGAUAGUGCAUAUUUCGAACUACUUUCUUACAUCCUUAUGCAAGCCAAGCGUCUUGCCUAGGAAAUUUUAGCCUGCCCAAUUAUUUUAAUGGAAAAGAUGGAAAAAGAAAAAACUUCACAUUUUCGACAGUAGUCUCCAGUUGUUGCUUGAACAUUAUUUUCUGGCGAGAUGAGUCUCAGCCUGCACCAUAAAUCAGAUGGAUGUUAUUGAAUUAUAAAUGUGGUAGUUGGUGUGCUCAAUCCAAACUACAGUGCUGAGGAGUUGAUUAGACUACCAAAUCCUCGGAUUUGUAGUUGACGUUGAUCGUGUAAUGUGAUGUGCAUUUAAAUUGGCCUACUAUUGGUAAAAGUGAGAGUUGCUUGUGAUUUGUCCACUUAACCAUAUAGCACAGAAUGACCGUGGCAACAGGCAGGACAACAAGGGUAAUUGGCUGGUAUCAUUCACAUCCUCAUAUCACAGUUCUUCCUUCCCACGUGGAUGUGCGGACUCAAGCAAUGUAUCAACUUCUAGAUCCUGGGUUCAUUGGGUUGAUAUUUUCUUGUUUUAGUGAAGAUGCACACAAGGUUGGAAGAGUCCAAGUUAUAGCAUUCCAAUCCUUGGAUGGGAAGCAGAAACACAUGUUGAGACCUGCUUCUCAAUCCCCUGUGGAUAGUAGUUCUGUUAUAGAUAUUGAAUCAUCUAUAAGCUCCUCUGAAAACUCAUUGACAAUAUCUGGUUCUGCAAGAGCUGAAAGCUUUGAGCAGGACACUGGUGAUUCUGGAGCAGCUGCUGGUGCUUCUAAGGGAGUGGGAAGAUCAUCAAACUUGGGGGGUUUCUUUGCUAAUGCUGCUACCGACUAUCUAGGGAGAGAAAAAACAGGAGGAAACUCCAGCAUUGACAUCGACCCCAUGGAUAUGUCAGAAAGUAUGCAAGAAGCAAUGUUUCGUUCAAAUUUGGAGGUGAGUGGUGCAGAAUUUUUCAGGAAGGAAAUUCCUCUUUAUGUUUUGCCAACCUUGUCUCUUCUCAGUCUCAAUUCUCCAUUGACUUCAUUUACAGAUUUGCAACGCGUAUUACAUGAGGAGGAGCGGACUGCAUAUAACCAAAUGAUCUCACAGAAUAUGAGGGAUGGGAAAGUGCACCCGCUUAAUUUCAUUCAUCACACAUCAACAUAUCAGGCUUCCAUGUGCAAAUUAAUGGAGUACUGCUUAAGUCCUGCCAUAAAUGCUCUCCAGGAUCGUUUGAAAGAAAAUGAAACCCAGUUAAAGAUGCUGACUGAUAAAGCCAAAAUUUUGGAGACCGAGGCCUUUAGAGGAAGCAAAACAAGUUCGGGUUCACCUUGUAGUACUCCAUCUCGUGGACUCCGAGGUACUGCUUCAUUUGGUCGUAGGGACUUGCAUAUUCCUGAGUCCAUCAGUUUGAGAAAUGUUCCUGGUCAUGGUAACCGUAGUAGAAAAGGGUCUCAAAUAUAA